AUGGACGAGUAUAUCGUACUCACAAUUCACCAUAGUGGUGAAUUUGUUGAUGGUGAUCUUAGAGUUUAUGAAGGAGGGGAAGUUUCUGAGUUGAAAAUAGAUGUUGACACAUGGAGUUACUUUGAGCUGACAGAUUCACUUAAGUGUUUAGGGUAUAGGGAUUUUGAGAAAAUCUAUUACAAAGACCCAACAUUUGGGAUGCAACAACUGAAUGAUGAUGCAGGAGCAUUAGAAGUAGCUGAUUUGUAUAAGGUUCAUUUAGGUGUAGACAUUUUUAUUAAACACACAACUGGCCAGGAUGAGUUUGCAGAUCCAGCAGGGUUAGAAAAUGUUGUAGUUGAGGAGCAUGGUGUCACUGAGGAGCAUGUAAGAGAUGAGGAGGAGAGGGUAGUUGAAGAAAUGCUUUCUAAGUUGCAUGAAGAAGUAACUGGUAACUCUAAUGAAGCUGAGCUGGAGGAUGAGGAUGAGAAUAUAGUGUUGGAGGCUGAGAAGGUUGUGUUAGAGGCUGAGAAGGUUGUGUUGGAGGCUGAACAUGCUGAACAUGUUGUUUUGGAGGCUGAGAAAGAUCGUAUGGAAAAUGAGAAAGAUGACAAUUCUGAUAGUGGGGAAGUGGAUGAUUCCAUAAGUAGUGAUGAUAGUGAAUACAAAUAUGACAAUAUAGAUGAGGAUGAAUUGGACAAUCUAGUUGAACAUGAUGAAGAGAGAGAUGAGGGUGGUAAAAUUGGGAGUGGUAGUGAGAGUGAAGGUUUGGUGAGUGGGUGUGACAGUGAUGACAGUUAUGGUGGGCAAAAAAAACAUAUCCCUAUGUUUAAGAUUCAAAAGAAUAUGGCUGAUUUCAAAUGGGAGGUGGGUUCCUACUUUAGUUCAAAAGAUGAUUUCAAAGAGGCAAUCACAUCAUAUGCUGUUCACAGUGGAAGAAACCUAAAGUUCACCAAAAAUGAUAAUGUAAGAGUGAGGGUAAAGUGUAAGGAUGGAUGUGAUUGGGAAGCCUAUUGUGCUAAAUCAUCAAGGGAAGAAACUUGGAAAUUAAGGAAGGUGAUUGAUGUACAUAGUUGCAGUAGGGAUUAUAAUGUGAAAAUGAUGACUACCAAGUGGCUGAGCAAGAGGUUACAAAACUCCUUAAAAACCAAUCCUAGGAUGAAAAUCAAAGAUAUCAAGGCAAAGGCACAAAAGAAAUGGAAUGUAGGUGUGAACAAAACCAAGGCAAUUAGGGCAAGAGUUAAAGCAAGAGAUAUGGUUGAUGGGUCAUUCCUAGGGGAUUACACCAGAAUCUAUGAUUAUUGUCAUGAAUUGCUAAGAACAAAUCCAGGUUCCACAGUGAAGGUUGGUGUUGAACCAUCUCAAGAAGGCUCACAAAAUCAUGUUCCAUACUUCAAAAGGUUGUAUAUAUGUCUUGCAGCAUGUAAGCAAAGUUUUAAGUUUUCUAGGCAUGUAAUAGGGUUGGAUGGUUGUUUUCUAAAGGGGCUAUGUGGAGGGCAAAUACUAGCUGCUAUAGGUAGGGAUCCAAAUGAUCAAAUGCUACCUAUAGCAUUUGCAGUAGUUGAAGGAGAAAAUAGAGACAGUUGGACAUGGUUCUUGGAGUUAUUGAUUGAUGACCUUGGUGGAAAAAAUGAGUGCCUCACAUACACCUUCAUGUCAGAUCAGCAAAAGGGAUUAUUACCAGCCAUGGAUGAACUGUUGCCCAAUGUAGAGCAAAGAUUCUGUGUCAGACACUUGUACAACAAUUUCAGGAAAAGAUAUCCUAGGAAGAUGCUUAAGGAAAUAAUAUGGAGGGCUGCUAAGGUUACUUAUGCUCAGGCUUGGGAAAGAGAGAUGAAGAGGAUGAGGCUGAUCAAUGAAGAAGCAUACCUACAUAUGAUGAAGACACCUCCAAGAUUUUGGAGUAGAUCUUACUUUAGAGGGACUAAUAAAUGUGAUGUUGUAGUGAAUAACAUGUCUGAAUCUUUCAACAGUGUUAUUCUUGAAGCAAGGUCCAAACCCUUAGUGACUAUGGUAGAGGAGAUCAGGACAUAUUGUAUGGAAAAAUGGGCAACAAAUAGGAUGAGGUUUCAAAAUUUGGCUGAUGAUGAUGUGCUGCCUAACAUCAGAAAGAAGGUUGAUAGAACAAGUACUUACACAAAUUCAUGGAUUGUGAGGAUGUCUGCUGAACACAUAUUUGAGGUUCAUCAUGUAGAAAACCAUGCAGAUAAAUUUGUUGUGAAUUUGAAGGAAUGUGUGUGCACCUGUAGGAGGUGGGAAUUAACUGGACUUCCAUGUGUUCAUGCAUUAGCUAGCAUUAAAAGUAGGAACUUCAAGGUUGAGGAAUACAUCCCUGCAUAUUAUAGGAAGUCAAUGUACAUGAAAGUGUACUCAUCUAUAAUUUAUCCUUUGAAUGGAUCAAAUCUAUGGGCCAGAACUGAAUAUCCAGAUGUGCUCCCUCCUAAGUAUAGGAGGAUGCCUGGGAGACCAAAGAAGAGGAGAAAUUUGGAGCAAGGAGAGAUAGAUGGUUCUGACAAAAAAAUGAGGAGAAUAGGAUUGGCAAUUAGGUGUUCAAGGUGCAAGCAACCGGGUCACAACAAAACAACAUGUAAGAUUACUCAGAGUACUCAAGGUACUCAACAGAACACUCAAGCAACUCAGUCAACUCAGCCUGCUUCUCAACCAACUCAGCCAACUCAGUCUGCUACUCAACCUGCUGUGAAUCUGUCUCAGCCUGCAUCUGCACAAGGAUCCAAGACAUCUACUUAA